AUGUCCUCUUUAGCCGAGCAGGUGGCUUAUGCCGCAUUGGCUAGGUUCAAUUCAUUACCCGAAAAAUGUAAGCCUCGCACGCUGGCUGAUGGCAGGAGAGAAUGGACUCCCAUGUCAGCGGUCGUUCUUGUGGCGCAGAAUGGAGGGGCCCAUGAUCUCAACUGUGUCUCGUUAGCAACUGGAACCAAGUGUCUUUCGGCCUCUGCAAUGCACAAGUGCAAGGGCUUGGUGCUACAUGACUCUCAUGCGGAAGUCCUGGCAUUACGCGGGUUGAACCACUGGCUACUAUCAGAAGUGCAGGCAAUGCUGCAAAUUCCAGCUUAUCAAUCACCGUAUCUCGAAUUCUGUCAAAGGCAAAGUACUCUGACUGACGAGGAAGACUGCGCCCAAGUCGACGGGCCACCGUUCAACAUUAAGGACAAUAUCAAAAUCUGCUUCUUCACCACCGAAGCUCCAUGUGGGGAUGCAUCGAUGGAGCUAUUGAUCGAGUCAUUCCCUUCCAGUGCGGCAACGCCAUGGCCAGCUGAUGGUCAAAGAGACAUUCAGCUGCAAGGCCGUGGUCAUUUCUCGCUGCUGGGUUACACCCGCCGCAAGCCCGCACGUGCAGACGCAGAACCAAGUCUGUCCAAAUCCUGUACGGACAAGCUGGCGGUCAAACAGUUCACAAGCGUCCUCUCAUUCCCGGCCGACCUGUUCAUUCAAAAGUCCGCCAGUGCCUUCAUACAAUGUGUGGUGGUUUACACUAAUCAGUACCACGCCACAGGCUACGAGCGCGCGUUUGGUCGAGCAGGUCGUCUAUCUCAGCUCAGCAAUACUGGUCACUUCUUCAAUGUCGAACCCCUUCCUGCCGAUUUUCCACGCUUCACCUUUGAUAAAAGGCAGCAAAGCUCUGGCGCUCUGCCGAAGACCACAUCGAAAGUGACCAACAUUUCGGCUUUGGCGAUUCGAAGGAACAGACCAAACAAAUCAGACGUCGUCGAGGUUCUCGUCAACGGAGUAAAGCAAGGCUACAAGCAAUGGGAUGAAAGAUCGAGCAAAGCCAGCGUCGUCUGUAGGAAGAACCUAUGGGAUCUUGCGCUAAGUAUCAGCGAUCAGCUCGGAACUUCCUGGGUUGCCGAACAAACCACAGGCGCACCAGCACAUCCAAAGAUCGAUUGGUUGGGUGAUAUUCAAGGUGCACUUUCAGCAAAUACAUAUGACGAUGCAAAAUCGUCGUGUCUGAGAGGACGUCCCAGGCACUGCAGAAAACGGGUCACCGAUGUUCUUGGGAACUGGUGCAAGAACACCGGCGACGGCAACUGGUGCCAGAGUUGA